GAAAAAUAUGUAUAAUUCAACAUUUUAAACUUUUUUCUUCAGAGUGAACUGAAACUUCAACUGAUAGAGCAACAGAUAAAAGAUAAAGAAAAUGAGCUUCGGCUUAUGCUAAAUCUUAAAUCUGCUGGAAAACAAGAGAAUCUUAAAGAGCACUACUUGCCUGAUCUACAGAUAAAAGUUAUUGCUAAAAACGGUGAAAAAUCUGCUGAAGGGAAUCAACGAAUUUAUGAAGUAAUGAGGGACUAUAUUAAAGAUAACGAUAGUAUGACUUGUUCGUCUAUUGAUGGAAGAUCAACUGAUACACCAGUCUAUCACCUCGUAGAUUUCAUCAAGGCCAUAAAGAAAUGCCGUAUCGUUGGUAUUUCUACCACUGACCAAUCGUCAACAGACAUACAAAUCAACUGCCCCAGUUCGAAGACCAUGGAGGAUGUUUUGAAGUCCAUCAUCAGUAACGAAUUUCAACAAGAACUGUUUGACCUUAGACGAUGGCUACAAGUGCAAUAUAACAUCGAAUCGAAUGACAUAAUUGCCAGUUGCUCAUCAAAUGGCAUAGAUAAAGCAAAACAACGUCUGCACUUUACUGACGUAACCAAAACUUUGACUUGUGCCGAGCAUCAAAAUACACAAUGUACUCUCUAUUGUCCUGACCAUAACACGUUUAUAUGUACAGCAUGCAGAGAAUCAAGACAUAGCACAUGUCUUGGAAUAAAAGAAGUUAUAUCUGAAAGGUCUUACGUUGAACAGAAACGUCGUCUCAACAUCAAAAGUAUAAAAGGAACGUAUAACGUUUGGAUAGGUAAUUCCUUAAUAAAUAGAGACUACAAUGAUCAAUAUAAGUGUGGUAUCACUAGUGUGUGUAUGCUACCUAAUAGUGAAGGUCUCCUUGCUGACUUCAGGAAUAAAAGACUGAAGAAAUUGAACAGUUCGUACAAGGUAAUAAAUCACUGUGAUGUACCUGAAUGUCCCACUUCUGUGUGUUAUAUAGGCAACGAUACAGUUGUUGCUGUUUUAAGAUGCAAUUCCAUACAGUACGUUAAUGUGUCGAGUAAUAUAAGCCUAAGACAAUUAUUGAAGCUAGAUCAUGAUUGUCUCGGUCUAGCUUGUCAUGGUGACACACUCUAUGUUAGCAGUAAAGACACAAUUUACACAUAUGACAAAUACUGUAAACACAAGCAAGUUCUCUAUCAUUAUCCUAACACAAUCUCCAGUCCCUUCAUUGCUGUAAGUGACAAUGGUGAGCGAAUCUACUUCAGUGCAGAUACAGGUCUAACUACAAUAGAUGCCAAAGGAAAUCAUAUAUUCAGUUCACAAUUUGACGGUUAUUGCUUACAUGAUAUAUGUAUUGCUGGUGAAGGUAUUGUUCUUGUAUUAACAAACAAAGUUCAUCAGCUGGAUUAUAAUGGGGAAAAGCAUCGGACUGUAGUUAGCAUGCCAUUAAAUAUAUUUUUUUCGUAUUCUAUGUGUUUCGACAGAAAAAGGUGUAGACUUAUUGUUGGUGGUAGUCAAGACAAGAUACAUGUUUACAAAUGCGAAUAUUUGCCAAGUUAGUUAAUAAAAUUGUUUUGAUAAACCAAGAACCAAAUGAAAAAUGCAUCGCUUAUCUACUUUUGUUUAUUUAAAUUUAUAAGUUUGUAUGUUUGCUUAUUUCUUCAUCGAGUCAUUUAUUUAAUAUUUUGAUAUCGCACUUAAGUACCUUGAAUGUAUUUGUAAGGACUUGUAUAUAUUAUAUAACUUUUGCAUA